GCCGUUGCUAUGGCAACAACAGAACAGACCGGUUAUAGAUGACGCAUUGACGCAUAGUAUUUCUUCGGACGCUUUUAUACUUUUGCCAUUCAAUUCUGUGUGUUCGACCAAAACCGUAUGCUAUUUUUAAAUAACACGGAAAAAGUGGUUGAAUUAUGGCUAGUUUAAUUACAUAUUUUGUUUGCCUAGUAUAUGCCACUUUUUCCUUAUUGUCACUUGUUAGUUCUGUUGAUGUCGAUGAAAACGGAUACAUUGUGUACUGUCCAUGCAUGGGAAGAUUUGGAAAUCAAGCAGAUCACUUUCUGGGAUCCCUAGGAUUUGCCAAAGGUUUGAAUCGUACCCUUGUUUUACCUCCAUGGGUUGAAUAUCGGUAUGGUCAGCCGCGUUCUAUUCAGGUGCCCUUCAAUGUCUACUUUGAUGUGAACAGAUUGUUAGACUUCCAUAAAGUUAUAACAAUGGAGUCUUUUAUGCAAGAUAUAGCACCUCUCAUUUGGCCUCCUGAAAAACGCACUGCAUUUUGUUACACAGUACGAGGAAAUGGUGAGACAGAGAAGAGCUGUAACGCUAAAGAAGGAAACCCUUUCGGUCCAUUUUGGGACACAUUCAACAUUGACUUUGUUGGGUCAGAAUUCUAUGGACCCUUGCAUUAUGAUAUAUACCACUCAGACAUGGCAAGUCGCUGGGCAGAAAACUAUCCUCCUGGAGAGUGGCCUGUCUUGGCAUUUACUGGUGCACCAGCAAGCUUUCCUGUACAACUAGAAAAUCGAGACUUGCACAAAUAUUUGAAGUGGAGUGAAAACAUACAAAAGCAAGCCAAGUAUUUUAUCAAAAAUAAACUACCUAAAGGAGCUUUCUUAGGCCUUCAUUUCCGGAAUGGCAUAGAUUGGGUGAGGGCUUGUGAACAUGUCAAUCACAGCCCUAGCCUUUUUGCUGCUCCUCAAUGUUUGGGCUACAGAAAUGAAAAGGGGAAAGCUACACAUGAAAUGUGUUUUCCCUCAAAAGAAACCAUUAUCAAACAAAUUAAGCGUCAACUUCGCAAGAUGGCCGAUAAAGCCACUUCUGUAUUUGUGGCUUCAGACAGUAACCAUAUGAUAUCAGAUUUGCAGGAGGCUUUAAAGAGACAACAGGUUACUGUUCACCGUUUAGAACCAAGCAAUCCUCAUGUAGAAUUGGCUAUUCUAGGGCAAGCCAACUUUUUUAUUGGCAACUGCAUUUCAUCCUUCAGUGCCUUUGUGAAGAGAGAGCGAGAUGCUGGAGGUCUUCCAUCAGCAUUCUGGGGCUUCCCUCCAGAGAAGUCCUCAAGUAAUAAGCAUGAUGAACUGUAAAGUCCUACCCCAAGAGAUUCCUAAUGUAUUUUAAAUGUUAUAUUAACAUUAUUUUGUGGAGUGUUUUUAUACUUCUUUGUAUUGUUUAGUUUCAUAAUUACACUACAUUGUGCCACUUGAGUAAUUUUAAAACUGCUUCUAUGAUUAAACAACUUAUCAUCAUUCUCUGUCUAGAGCUGAAUUAAGAAAGUUUUAAUUAUCAGUGGUUUGUAAUCUUUGUCAUUAUCUUCAUAGGGCCCAUUUACGAUCGUUCGCGGAACCUUAAAUUAAAUUGACCAACGCGUUGUGGCUUAUGGGAGUAUCUACGAUGCCAGCCCCUUAAAUGAAAUUCAUUUCUUGUCGAAAUACGGCUCACGCUUAAAUGAAAUGAAGACCGUCGUGAUGGUCUUCAUUUCAUUUAAGCUAGUCCUUAGCUCAAAUGAAAUUCGGAUUUCGGGCGCGAGGUUUCGAAACAGCCAAUCAGAGGCCAAGACGAGACUAAACAAAGAUGGCGCCGACGACAAGUGACAAUCGAUUCUGUCAUGGCGGGGACUAUAAUUUUAUUUAAGCUAAGGACCACCGUAAAUGGGAGGUUCCAUUUAACCCCAAAAAUUAAUAAAUUUCUGCAGAAAAUGCAAUUUCAUUUAAGACAGCCCGGACGAUCGUAAAUGGGCCCUAACAAUUAAUUCAACAUUUGACUUAAUGUUAUCAAAAAGACUGGUACGCACUUAGAAUUAUGAGGGUCUACUUCCCUUACAGUCAUGUGAUACAAUGUAUUAUUUUAUAUCUAAUCUAAAUUGUGUAUUCUGUUCUAUUUGGAUGGUCUUGGCUUGUUUCUUUAAAAGUCUUCCAGUACCUGCUGAUUCCCAGUAGAUUUAUAAUUGUUUAAGGUUUUGUAUUCUAUUGUAAGUAUUAUAUUAUAUUGAACUGUUCUUUCUGGUCAUGAAAUAAAUUAGUCCAUCAGAAAA